GAUGUUGAGUUGGCACUUUGGCUUUUGAUGUGAUUGUUUUUUCAUGUCUGUGAGUAGGAGGCAUGUGUUUAUAUAUUAUUUUAAAACGAAUUUUACUUAUUCAUAGCGGAUCCAUCCCACUUGUGCAUGUGCUUAUUUGUGAGACGGCUAACAAGGAGAGCAGCAGAUGACGACGCGAUGUCAUUACGGAGAGUAAAUGUGGCCGUCCUUGUGCUGCUGGCUGUAGCAUUUCUGAUCAUCGUGCAACGGAAUCUCCUGAAUCUCAAUGACUUCCUUAGAAGUGAGAAUCCAGAUGCAGUGCCAGGUAUGAUUCUGCCAUUUGAGUCUGAGUUUUCUCCUGAGCUCAGACCAGACCUUGUGAGAACUGGGGAGAAGAUCCCAGUGGUCAUUACUGCUGCAGAGGAGAGACUGGGAGCUGUGGUGGCUGCCAUGAACAGUGUCUACCAGAACAGCAAAUCCAACAUUGUGUUCAACAUUGUGACCAUGAAUGACACUGUGGAUCACCUCAAGGUGUGGAUGACUAAGACCCAGCUUAACAAUGUCAAGCACACGAUCAUCAUAUUUGAGCCCCAACUUCUCAAUGGGAAGAUUACCAAAAAUCCUCAGAAGCUUGACUCUGUGAAACCGUUGACCUUUGCCAGAUUUUACAUGCCGGUAUUCAUACCAGAUGCAGAAAAGGCCAUUUAUUUGGAUGAUGACAUCAUUGUACAAGGGGACAUCCAAGAGCUUUUUGACACAAGCCUAAAGUCAGGUCACGCAGCUGCGUUCUCAGACGACUGUGAUUCUGCAUCCGCAAAGGGCAUCGUUCGAGGGGCCGGGAACCAGAACAAUUACAUUGGUUUCCUGGACUUUAAAAAAGACGCCAUCAAGAAGCUGGGCAUGAGGGCUAACACGUGUUCCUUUAAUCCCGGAGUGAUCGUGGCCAACCUGACGGAGUGGAAGCGUCAGAACAUCACCAACCAACUGGAACACUGGAUGGAGCUCAACGCACAAGAGGACCUCUACAGUAAGACCCUGGCAGAGAGUAUCACCACACCUCCCCUGCUCAUUGUCUUCUACAAACACCACUCCAGCAUCGACCCCAUGUGGCACGUCAGACACCUAGGGGCCACUGGUGCUGGAAACCGCUAUUCUCCCCAGUUUGUGAAAGCUGCCAAACUCCUCCAUUGGAACGGACAUUACAAACCAUGGUCCAGGACCUCUUCAUUCACCGAAGUCUGGGACAAGUGGUAUAUUCAGGACCCCAUGCGUAAAUUCCAUCCAGUUCGGAAACAUGCAGACUAAAGCAGGGAUGUGACCAGACGACAGCUAGUCUGCCUCUACCUGUCUGUCCUCCGAGUGACUUCUCAGGAACCCUAACGUGAUGCAAGCCCAUUCCAGUGAAAUGUCUGUUUACCAUGCAGUGGUGUUGUCGAUCUCAGGCAGAGACAGGGGCAUGUUCCAUACGAUACAUCUCAAUAGUCUAGUAGUGGUCUUGUCUUAUUUUUUCACAUCAGUGCAGAUGCACCAAUGGUUCUAUGCUUAGCUUCAUAAGAAAAAAAAUAAUCAUGUGCCUGUGUUCAGGAACGAUCCCUCUAACAAAUUGCCUCUACUUUGAUUCAUUAUUCUGUCGGAUCAAUGUUUGUUACUGCCGGUUGUCUCGCACUUUAACUCUUUUGUAUAUCACUACCACAACACUAAACUUUACACAAAUAGUUAUAAACAAGCUUGAAACCUACUAUCCUUUCUCUUGAUUGCAUUUGACAAAGGAUGGUAUACACAAACCACUAUGGUGUCGAAUAGCUUAUUUACGUCAUUGACACUUAUCUAGAGUGCAUACAUUCUCGUACUGGUUGCCCGUGGGUAUCAAACCCACUAUGCUCUACCAACGGAGUCACAUGGGACCAACUCCUAUGGUUUUUAUUUUAAAGUUCUCAAGCGCUACAUGCCUCCUGAUAAUGUGAUUGCUUACAGCUGUUACAAAUCAGGGCUUAUUUUUCUACUCUGUACAAAGGAUUAUUCUAGCAGAUAUAAAUAUUCAAAUUGUGUCAUCCUUUUGUAAAAGAAGCUUAAUAAAACCAAGUCAACUACC